CCCAUUUCCUCCCGCCUCCCCUCCUGGGGCUGGAGCAGUGUCCCCCGCUGCUCGGAUGUGACGCAGUGGGGUGGGGGUUGAAGACUAUGAAGAUUAACCAGAACACAGUCUUACAGGGGAAGAAGGUGACCCUGGUACCAUACACCUCUGCUCAUGUAUCCCGGUACCAUGAGUGGAUGAAAUCGGAGGAGCUACAGCGACUGACCGCAUCCGAGCCACUGAGCCUGGAGCAGGAGUACGAGAUGCAGCGCAGCUGGCAGGAGGAUGCAGAUAAAUGCACGUUUAUUGUACUGGACACCGAGAGGUGGUCAGGGCAAGCAGGUACCGAGGAGGACUGCAUGGUGGGGGAUGUGAACCUGUUCCUCACAGAUAUGGAGGAUCCAACAGUGGGAGAGAUUGAAGUCAUGAUUGCAGAGCCCAGUUGCCGUGGCCGAGGCUUUGGCAAGGAGACAACUCUGAUCAUGAUGUUUUAUGGAGUAACAAAGCUGGGAAUUACUAAAUUUGAGGCUAAGGUCGGACAGGAAAAUGAAGCUAGUAUCUGCAUGUUCAAAAAGCUUCAUUUUAAGGAGGUUGCCGUGAACAGGGUCUUCCAGGAGGUGACAUUGAAACUGGAUGUGAAUGAGCAGCAGAGACAGUGGCUCCUGGAGCAAACUAACCACGUGGAGGAGAAAAAUUAUAGUGUGUUGAACCUACAGACCCGUGCCUCUGAGACCUGACACCUCUUCUAGAGGCAGGCAGGCCACACCCCUGCUAAGUCUCCAGGGAGGAAGAGUUUGACAACAUUACUGAGUUCAAGUAUGGAAAACACCUUGGGACCAAGAGUGAAUCAAACAACAAACUGCUUUGUUAUUACUCCACAUACCUGGUGUACCACCUGUGAAAUGCUGAUCUUCCACUGCAAUCGCGAUAGAGCAUCUAUAGCGACAUUCCUUUGAAAUAGUGCCUGGAAGCUGGGAUGGAUGAACAGAUGCUAACAGGUUAAGCAUAGAAGUACACCUUGGCUGGGAAUGGCCCUUUUAGCCACAAAGCUCCCUCUACCCUGUUCUAGGAAGGGACUGUCUACACCUCCAGGGCCUAUAAACAUUAGUGAAUUGGCCAGCAAUGCUGUCAGUCUGUGGAUGAGCAGAGUAGAUUGGGUUCCUAGCUAAAACCCCACCAUCCUUAGCAGAGUUCCUAGUGUCACAAAUGAAGUCUGAGUCAUAAGAGACUCUGGCCUGCUUUGUCACACAAACUGACACAUACAAUGUGACAACAUGAUCUGGUACGCAAAGUAGCUCCGUUGCCAUCCUUGGCUGGUAAACUGGUGGUUACAAGAUUUAAAAAAAUAAUAAAAUACAUAAGACUUAAACCAGUGGGGCUGUCCGUGGAUCUGCUAGACAAGGUGUUAAUAUUCCAGGUACUGCAGGCACCAGGCUUUCCCCUCCUGGCCUCUGUGCUUAGUCCUGGGGUGCCACCAUUGGCAGCUGCCCCACCAUCCACCUGUUCAUGCUCAAACCCGUUGUGUAGCUUGUCACAGCUCUUGGUUAGUAUGAGCACAGCUUAGUAGGAGAGGCCGGGACAACUAAGAUCUGAGAGGGGUUGAGUGCCCUCCUCUCCCAUUGAAGUGAAUUUGAGUUGUGGGUACUUCAUAAGGGACACCUGGCUGACUUCCCUUGAGUCAGCAAUGGUAAACUACUACAUUUCUAAAAGGUUAGGAACUAAUGUGCUAAACUGCUAGCAUGUAAAAAGAGGGCAAUCGAAGAGGAUGGAAUGAGAGUACUAAAUUACCUCUGUGCAUCAGCCUUCACCAGAUGAUGAUUUUCGAUGGGUAGAAAUACCUGUCUCAGUGCUGCUUGGUACAGGUACUGAAAAAGGUCAUCGCUGUGAUGGGGUAUCCAUAAAAAGGUGAAUGAGGAAAUUAAAUUGCAUAGAGGAUGUAAAGAAUAAAGCAGCUGAUGUGCUACUAUGCUUAUUUAAAACCAUCUACGUUACAAGUCAACCAGAGAAUGGCUAACCCUCUGGAACCCAGCCUUUAAGGAUGCAAUAAAUAAAACCUGUGGAACUGACUGCUGCAUGGUAGCGUUGACACCUCUAAAGUCUCAAAACCAGGAUUCGUGCUCAGGUGAAUAAGAACAUGCAUUCUGAUACCGCAGUAGUCGCCACUGGAGUUGGGAAUUUUUCAACAAAAUGGUUUUUCAUUUAAAAAUGCCAGUUUGUUGAAACCAGAACUUUUUGUGGAAACAUCACUUUUGAUAAAACUGGAGUUGGCAAGGUUUGUCAGAUCCAGGAUGGAAUUUCUGGUCAAGAACAGACACGCCUCUAGAAUGAAUCAAUGAGAGCAGGGCCUCAAACUUGGGUCUCCCACAUCCCAGGCAAAUGCUCUAAUCACUGUGGAGGGGUAGGGGGUGGUGUUUUUUCAU